AUGAAUAUCGACUUAGACUUUGCUCACCACCUUGAUAUCCCUUUAUUGGACCAAGUGGUGGAUAAUUUCUACAACAAUUCAGGACCAGUUCAGCAAGAGGCUGGAGCCAUUUUGACCCGCUUUGAAGAAUCACCAGAUGCAUGGCAGACAGUUGACAAAAUCUUGGAAGGUUCCAAAAGCGUCCAAACCAAAUUUAUUGCUCUUUCAAUACUGAAUGAUCUAAUAAAGGUAAGAUGGAAGAUUUUGCCCGAAGUACAAAAAAUAGGUAUAAAGAACUUUAUGAUUGGAAUGAUACUAUCGAUUUCUCAAGAUGAAAGCUUAUUCCAUUCCCAUCGAGAGCUGAUAAAUAAAAGUGCUCUUACUUUGGUAGAAAUUUUGAAACAGGAAUUGCCUGAUAACUGGUCAAACUUCAUUCCUGAGCUAUGUGAAAGUGCUAACACUUCUUUGAAUAUUUGUGAAGUAACAAUGAUUAUUUUGAAAUUAUUAGCUGAAGAAGUUUUUGAUUUUGCAGAAGAGCAUAUGACUCGGGCGAAAACUCUACGUUUGAGAGAAUCGAUGUCCGAGGAAUUUCAACUAAUCUUCAACCUUUGUUUUAAUGUGCUUCGACAACCUGCUCCAUAUGAAUUACAAAACUUGUCGCUAAGUUGUUUACAAGAAUACUUGAUUUGGAUUUAUCUUUCACCCAUUCAAGAAGGAGAUCUCAUAGAGUUACUACUAUCCAAAUUCUUAAAAAAUCCCCAAACGAGCGUUGCCACUUUAAGAUGUUUGAAUGAGCUGGCAAAUCAUGGAACAUCGAGCACAAUUAUAUCGUCCAUACCUAAAAUAUUAAAUGAACUACGAACAGUUGUAGUGUAUGUGCCAACUGAGACUAAAUCAUUCAAUAAUAUACCUAACUCAAAUAUAGAUGGGGAAAUACUUUCCCAAGAAUGUACCACUACUUUGACAAAUAUUUUGGCAAAAUAUAGACCAUUAUUAGAAAGAAAUAAAAUUUUAGUUCCGAUCCUAGUUGCCGCUCAUGAAGAUUUGAUCCAAUUAUCCGAACGGAAUAUUAAACUCUCAUUACGGUACUGGUGUGACAUGGCUUCAGAUAUAUAUACUACCGAAGAACAAUCUCAAAUACAAAAUGCUCAUAAUUCAUCAAGGUUACACAAUUACCAAACAAAUAUGAAUUUACAAGAAUCGUUACGAAUAUACGAGAAAGUAUUCAAUGAUUUGGCUGUUCUAAUUAUUGAAAACAUGGAGGAACCACCGGAGUUGAUUUUCAUGGAAGAUGAGGUGGGCCAAAAUCAAUAUGAACAUAACGAGGAAACCCAAGAAACUGAGACGUAUAAUCUUGAAUGCAAUAUUAUCAUAUAUUUGACUCAUUUUAAUAGACAGAAUAUUGAAUUAAUUAUUCUAGAUGAACUGGAGAAACUUCGGUGUAAUCCAGUCUGGUCAGAAGGUAAAUUCAGUUCCUUAUGUUGGGCAAUAGGCGUCAUAUUUAAGACAUGCAAAGAAGAUUUUAAUGAUGUCUUCACAGGCAACGUAAUUGAUCAAUUAACAAAAUUGGUUGAAAAAAGGAAGGAUGAAUCAGAUGAACUACUCUGCGACUUGAACUUUAUAUAUACUAUACGUGAGUAUCCCCGUUUCCUGAACCAUAGAUUUGGGUAUCUAAAAGAGGUUAUAAUCAAACUUCUGGAAAUUAUGCGAACACACGAAGAGAUAUAUCAAAAUAGGGCAUCUGAUUACUUCUUUAAGAUUGUACAGGAUUGCCGACACGAAUUUCAAAGGGUCUAUCCACAGGAACCAGAACCAUUAAUUUCUUGGCUCAUAACGUAUAUUGAACCUUUAUUCGCUAACUUUGGAGCACUUCCACAAUAUAAAAUUGCAGAAGCAUGUGCUGUUGUCAUCAAUGAUGAAGAUAAUUCGAAUAGGAGAGAUGAACUUCUCCAGCAUCUAAUGUGCAUUCCAGAAAACCUGGAAUCCAAUCUCAACGGAAGUGAGCAGUCAUAUGAAAGGCUUUUUGCCAAUACCAAGACUAUAACAACAAUGACCAGCGUAAUAAGGUUUAAUAGGGCAUUGUGUUCUUCAUUAGGUGGAAACUUUUAUCCACAGUUUAAAAUUCUUUUUCCAACUUCUCUUCAAAAGUAUGAACAGGCCACGAAGCUGUUAGCUAAACAUCUCCAAAACUCUGGAACAACAAUAUUAUCGUCAGCCAUAGUUAGAAGCUUAAUUGUUUAUCGGAAGGAAAUUUUGAAAUUGAUCGAAACUUACAUUAAUGAAACUUCCAGUCUUUAUAUUGUUACUGAUAUAAUAGCUGAUCCGCUUGUAAGCAUCCUUCUGCAGACAUAUAUGACUUCACCAUUUUGUACUAAAGAUGCAGAGGCGCUGAGAUGUUUAGCAAUUUUGAUCAAAAAAGUUGGUCAUAUGAUCCAAGAAAGAGUAACAUUCAUUAUAGAAAGUCUUUUACAAUGCACCCUUGAUAUGCUCAAUGUAGAGUCAGUAGACUAUCCAGAAAACCGUUUAUAUUUUUAUUCCUUAUUAAGGGUUAUUACCAAGUAUUCUUUUGGGUCAUUAUUGGACUUAUCACCAUCAUCCAUCAAGUUAUAUUUUGAGUCUAUUUGUUUGUCAUUUCAAUAUAUUGAGACCAAAAUUGAGGCUGAUGGGAUAAACAUUGCACUAUCAUUAACAGAAAAGAUGAAUAAUCCUGAAAAUAGCCGGUUUACACAAACCUUUUACAAAGAAUAUUUCCAAAAAUUCGUCACAGCGGUAUUCAAUGCUUUGACUAAUCCAAAUCAUAGUUCAGUUUUUUCUGAACAAUCGAUUCUUCUGCUUAAUCUGAUCACACUGGCCAUCGAUGUCGAAACAGAAACUCCAAUUUUUGAUAAUACUAUCACUUUGCCUGCGUUUUCGAAUCAAGAAUAUCUACAAAAAUAUCUAUUCACUAUGUUUUCUACAGAAUUCCCUUAUUUGUCAAACGAACAGAUGUUGACUUUUCUCACAAUGCUCUUCAGAGAAUAUCAUCAGCCAGACAAAUUUAAAUGUACACUGAGAGAUUUCCUUGUUCAAGUGAAGGAGAUUGGUGGUGAUGCAUCAGACUAUUUAUUCAGUGAGGAAAGAGAGCAAGAACGUCUGCAAAGACAAAAUGAACAAAUGAGGAAACUUUCUUCAAUAGUAAAAAGCUGA